CCUGUUUUGGUCAUGUGACUGUUCUUAUGAUCAGUGUUAACAGCUCCAGGAACAUCACUGCAGCUGAGGAGUUAAUGCUACAUUAAUUGCCGUAAAUCGCUGUAGUUGUUCAGAACCGCUGCAGUGGCUGAGAUCCUCUGUCUUUUUAUUAAGCUCAGUGAACCGACGCGUUUCUUCGCUGUCUUUUUGGAUGAAUUAACGGCUGUGGCUAGCUGUUAGCAGUGAGCUAUGUCGGAAGUGGAGGAGCAGGGAAAGAAACCUAGUGAGGAGUCCACAGAUGACUCAGAGGAAGAAGACAGUGAGGAGGAACCUAAAUUGAAAUAUGAACGAUUGGCCAAUGGGGUGACGGAGAUUCUGCAGAAGGAUGCGGCCAGCUGCUUGACCGUACAUGACAAGUUUCUGGCCCUGGGGACUCACUUUGGGAAGGUCUUCCUUCUCGAUGUCCAAGGAAACGUCACCCAGAAGUAUGAAAUUAGUUCGGUGAAGAUAAAUCAGAUCAGUCUGGAUGAGAGCGGAGAGCAUGUGGGGAUCUGCUCAGAGGAUGGAAAGGUGCAAGUGUUUGGUCUCUACACCAGAGAGGGCUUCCAUGAGAACUUUGACUGUCCUAUUAAAGUGGUGGCUUUACAUCCUCAGUUCAGCAAGUCAAACAACAAGCAGUUUGUAACUGGAGGAAACAAGUUGCUACUGUAUGAGAGAAACUGGCUGAACCGCUGGAAGACGUCCGUUCUGCAUGAGGGAGAGGGAACCAUCACCAACGUCAAGUGGAGGGCCAAUCUCAUCGCCUGGGCUAACAACGUGGGGGUGAAGAUCUAUGACAUCAGCAGUAAGCAACGAAUCACCAAUGUGUUACGGGACAACUCCAGCUUGAGGCCUGACAUGUACCCCUGUAGCCUUUGCUGGAAAGAUAACACCACACUUAUUAUUGGCUGGGGAACUUCAGUUAAGAUUUGUGUUGUCAAGGAACGCGACCCUUCAGAAAUGAGAGAUUUACCUAGUCGCUAUGUCGAGAUUGUGUCAGCAUUUGAGACGGAGUUUUUCAUCAGCGGACUGGCCCCUUUGGCAGAUCAGCUCGUCACUCUUUACUUUGUUAAAGAGAAUUCUGAGCAUAUGGAGGAGGAGUUCCGGUCACGUCCACGUUUAGACAUCAUCCAGCCUUUGCCCGAGAGCUGUGAGGAGAUCUCGUCAGAUGCUUUGACUGUCCGCAACUUUCAGGAAAAUGAAUGCCGGGACUACAGACUGGAGCACUCGGAGGGAGAGUCUCUGUUCUACAUCAUAAGCCCUAAAGACAUUGUAGUGGCUAAAGAACGAGACCAGGAUGACCACAUCGACUGGCUGCUCGACAAGAAGAAAUAUGAGGAGGCACUAAUGGCAGCAGAGAUCAGCUUCAAGAAUAUCAAAAGGCAUGAUGUUCAGAAAAUCGGGAUGGCCUACAUCAAUCACCUGGUGGAGAAAGGGGACUAUGAUGCUGCAGCAAGAAAAUGUCAGAAAGUUCUAGGAAAAAAUAUGGACCUAUGGGAGAAUGAGGUGUACAGGUUCAAAACUAUUGGACAACUGAAGUCCAUCAGUCAGUACUUACCCAGAGGAGAUCUGCGCCUCAGACCUGCCAUUUAUGAGAUGAUCCUGCAUGAAUUCCUCAAGACUGACUAUGAUGGUUUUGCCACACUGAUCCGAGAGUGGCCAGGAGAGCUCUACAACAACAUGACUAUAGUUCAGGCAGUGACAGACCACCUAAGAAAGGACCCUACCAACAGCAUCUUGCUCACUACACUGGCUGAAUUAUACACAUAUGACCAGCGCUAUGACCGAGCUCUGGAGAUCUACCUAAAGCUGAGACACAAAGACGUCUACCAGCUUAUCCACAAACACAACCUCUUCUCUUCCAUUGAGGAUAAAAUUGUCCUCCUCAUGGACUUUGACAAGGAGAAAGCUGUUGACAUGCUGCUGGAUAAUGAAGAUAAAAUAUCUGUGGACAGAGUAGUUGAAGAGCUGAAAGACAGACCUGAGCUGUUGCAUGUGUACCUGCACAAGCUGUUUAAGCGAGAUCACCACAAGGGCCAGAGAUAUCACGAGAAGCAGAUCAGUCUUUAUGCUGAGUACGACCGGUCCAACCUUCUACCUUUCCUCAGAGACAGCACUCACUGCCCACUGGAGAAGGCCCUGGAGAUUUGCCAGCAGAGACACUUUGUGGAGGAAACAGUCUUUCUACUCAGUCGUAUGGGGAACUGUAGGCGGGCGUUGCAGAUGAUCAUGGAGGAGCUGGAAGAUGUGGAUAAAGCCAUCGAGUUUGCCAAAGAGCAGGAUGAUGUUGAACUGUGGGAGGAUCUCAUCUCUUACUCCAUAGAUAAACCGCCCUUCAUCACUGGCCUCCUGAACAACAUAGGAACCCAUGUGGACCCCAUUCUCCUAAUCCAGCGCAUUAAAGAAGGCAUGGAGAUCCCAAACCUCAGAGACUCACUCGUCAAAAUCCUGCAGGAUUACAAUCUACAGAUUUUAUUGCGAGAGGGCUGUAAGAAGAUCCUGGUAGCAGAUUCGCUCUCCCUGCUGCAAAAGAUGCACAGAACACAGAUGAGAGGCGUUCGAGUGGACGAGGAGAACAUCUGUGAAGCAUGUCAUGUCACAAUAUUACCAUCAGACACGGCUCAGCCCUUCAGUGUAGUGGUCUUCCACUGCAGGCAUAUGUUCCAUAAAGAGUGUCUCCCCUCAGCAGGAACAAUGCCAGGUGGACAGUACUGCAACAUCUGCAGUGCCAAGCGAAGAGGCCCAGGCAGCGGCAUUCUGGAGAUAAAGAAAUAGUGUCCUUCCACCUAGUGACUCCUUACAUACAUACUGCAGUCUAUCAUUUUGUUUUGCAAGUCUUGGUAAAAAAAAAAAAUGAAGUCUGGUUAACUGAGUCUCUAUUGGCACAUACUAUUUAAGAAUCUUUUUUUUUUUUUACAUUUUUGUGUGCAGAAUUGUAAGGCACUUGGUAAUUUUUUUUUGCAAGGCUUAUAAAUUGUUCCAUUUGGCAUGUAAGUAAUUUGUACACUUGUAUUUAGUUGUCAGUGAAGCAGAAAAAGAAGAAUAUGUGCAGGAGCUCACCAGUGGGUGGAUGAUCAUCUAUGUGGCUAUAAGAAGCCACAUAUUAUAAGGCCAGGCAAAGUUAUCAGUAGUUUGGCCUUUUUCUCUCACAAUAAAUUUAAUCAAUAUUGCACUGUG